AUGUCCUCAUACGCUCCCAGUAUGCCCUCGACCUCCAAUCUUCGUGCCACAUCGGGAGCCCCAGCUUCCUUUUUGUUGCGCAAUGGUGCAAAGCAACUACCAGAGGAUCUGUGUGUAUGUCUGUAUGAAGGGGGAUCCCUCCGGUCACAAAAGGUGACUGGGUUCUGGGACGCUGCGAUUCAGGUCGCACGCUUUGAGGGAAUCAGAGGACUAUGGAAAGGCGUAGGAACUACACUCCUCAUCGCUGUACCCUCCCAGUCAGCGUAUAUGAUCACCUAUGAUCAUUUACUGAACAAGGUGGUUCCUUCAGUGCUCCCUACAUCCGCCCUUACGCCAUUGAUUUCCGGAAUCGCCGCUCGAACCAUUAUCAGCUCUGUUGCAUCUCCCCUCGAACUCCUCCGCACCACUCUACAAUCAACACCCGCCAAUCUUGCUUCUCCGCACACGCUCUCCUCUGUCCUUGCCUCUACCCGAAGCCUUGUGCGCUCCCAGGGCAUCACCGCGCUAUGGAGAGGACUCAUGCCAACACUAUAUCGAGACGUUCCAUUCUCUGGCCUAUAUUGGGCGAGCUACGAAACAUGGAAAUCGACUUUCCGCACAAAAUAUAAUCGAACGGGUGCGCCAUACGAGUUUAUGUCUGGGGCAAUAUCGGGAACCACCGCUGCGCUCCUCACACACCCAUUUGACGUUGCCAAAACACGGAGACAGGCGUUGGUGCUCUCGCAAGAGGGCGUGCCGACGCAGACGAUGCGUUUCCUGGCCAAAAUCGCACGAGCAGAAGGUGUCGGUGCACUUUAUGCAGGUAUCGUGCCGAGACUAGCCAAAAUUGCUCCCGCAUGCGGGAUCAUGAUUGCGAGCUAUGAAGGCGUUGGCCGAUACUUUAUGCGACGCGACGACUGA